CCCGCCCCUCGCUCUGCGCUCCCCGGGACCGCCCUCGGCGGCGGAGGACGCGGUGCCGGAGGAAAAGCAGCUCCAGGACGUGGCGAUGUCUGCGUUUGAUACGCUGUGUCUCGCAAACCCAAAAGACUGGAGCCGUUUGAAGAUUAUGUAAAAAUAAAGGUGCAGAUACCCUUGAAAGAGAGGAAUAAUGGGACCAGGCAUUCAAGAAUAUCCCUUAUUGCUGCACAGAGAGACACAGCAGAAGGGAAGCCACAGCCACACCAAUGAAAACCACAAAGGAAUGGUAAAUUACAGCAAUGGAAAAAGCCAUCCAAGCACCAAAGGACUAAAUAAACCAAUUUCUUAUGUGAAAUCUUCUCCUGGAAGAUUGGGCAAGAAUGUAUCAAGUGCCAUUGAAAAGCUUUCCCCUGACACUCAAGAUGGUAACCAACCAAAUGUUCUUAAGAAGGGAAGAAACCAUCUGGAGAGCAACACUCAGUCCAAAAGGAUCCUGAGUGCUUGCCCAUCACUGCACAGUGUGCAAGGACCAAAGAGGAGUCUCCCAGAAAGAAGGCAGAAUGAACCUUUUCUGCACAGGAUCCCUCCAAGCACAAAGGGCAGCACACAAGGAAACUUCUGUAGGGUUAAAGAUGUCCCAGUGCAACAUUUUUAUUGCAGUAAAAAAGAACAGUUGGAAAAGAAUCAUGAAGAACACGUUGCUGGAGCCAGUCCAGGCCCUUCUAAAUGGCAAGAAGCAUCUGUAGGUCAAAUGUUUCUUGAUUUUGAAUCGGUACAAAUUAUUAAAGAAGAUGCUGAAGAUGACAGUGCCAGUGACCUCUCUGAUUCAGAAAGGAUUCCCAUUCCCCCCUCUCCCUGCACUCCACCAGAGCUCAUUCUCCGAGCUGAAGAAAUCGAUCCGGAUUGCUUGGAACACAUCCCUGAGAUGGGUUUUAAAAAAUCAGAAUAUUACUACCCAGACUUCCUCCCACCCCCUUUCAACUCCUGGGACCUGAAGCAGCUGGCCAUCUUUGUCCACGUGGAAGGGAAGACUGAUUUCCGGCCGAAGCCGACGGGAUUUCUGGAGAAGUACAUCGAGCGCCUGGUGCAGCUGGAGUGGCUGCAGAUGCAGACGGUGCAGAACGAGAGGGGAAAGGCGGCCAAGGCCCGGCCCCAGACUGCGCCCGGCUCCACCCGUGCCCUGAAGAGCCCUGGCAAAGGCAAGGCCUUGCUCAGCCCUGUGCCCAGCAGGCAGGGGGUGCCCCAGGACAGUGUUGCAAGGCUGCCCAGGAGCUGUUUGGGUCACAGGGGGGAUCCCCACUGCGAGGGAAGCCGCCAGUUACAUUCUCAUCCCGGUCACUCGAGACUGGCAGAGAGAACGGGAUGUGCAGCCCCUUCUCAGAGACAGUCUGGGGAUGCCAGGGGUGAACUGAGAAAGAAACCACCUGCAAAGCAACAGCUCCUCAACCUGCAGCCCUCCGAGAACAGCCCUAAAAUCCAAAGUGUUGGUAACAUCAGACCCCGGCAAAGCCCAGCGUUCCACGGCGCAGCUGCUCCCGUCAAAGGCCUCAAAACGUUCACGUGCACGAAUCCAAAGAGAAACGGCAAUGCCAGCGGUUAUGCUCCUCCUAAAAAACCAGCAGGGGACAGGAAAACAAAAACAAAUGGCACCAAGCAAACGUCACACAAGUUCAAGUGAAGGAAAAGCCGUUAGGGAAUGUUGCUGCUUUUGGCCAGUGCGGGAGGGUUUUCUUCGUAGGAAGAUCCCGAGAAAAUACGUUCUGGGUUCUGGGUCAGCACUCUUCAUUUCUGUACCUUUGAUCUUAAGCCAGCAAGGCCAGCAG